GUUCAUUCAGUUCAGUUGUGAGAACAUCGUCAAUUUGAUUGAUUUUUUUUAUUUUGGUUUUCGCGGCUUGUGUUGUUUUGUGGAAACAAAUGACGUUUAAACGAAAAAUUGGAUCGUAAAAUAAAUAAAUAAAAUUUUCGGUUCUUUGCAAGACCGUCUGUAAUUCCGAUAAUUUUUCAAAUGAUUUAACCACUUCGGUGUGCGAAAAUAAUAAAAGUGUGAAAAGUGCAGUUUUUUUUGUUCUUGUUGGGUUGUUCAUCGUGUAGAUGUCACUUGAAUAAACUAUAAUAUUCUUGCGGUACACACGCACAUAUUGUGAGGCUGGAAAUGCAAAAUAUGUUAUCGAAUUGAAAAAGCAAUAUAAUUUUCUACUUAUAAAUGAUGACGGACUUUAUGUGCAAUUUAUUGGUGUUUUAGGAAAACAAUCGGAUAGUUUGCCAUCAGAACCGUAAUACAGUUGACCAUGGCAGAUGAUAUCAACCGAUCCAAUUGGUCUGACCAUUCAAUUGAGGCCAAUAACUCGAGUCGACGCACGCCGACUAAUAGUCACCAACAACACCAUCAGAUAUUUGGACCUAAGACAAUAAUAGUUCAUCGUAAAGAUGGUCAUGGUUUUGGCUUCACCCUGCGUCACUUCAUUGUUUAUCCACCGGAUUCAUGCACGAAAUCAUCUAAUUCAGAGCAAACAAACACUGGCGGUGCACUUAACUUAACCCAGCCUAUGGACACAGUGUUUGUGAAAGAAGUUCGUCCAUACGGUCCGGCACAUUUCGCUGGUUUACAAACAGGAGAUCGGCUAUUGUCGGUAAACGGGAUGCCAGUGGCUGGAACACCGUACAAUCGAGUUGUGGCUACUAUACAACAGGCACCGAGCAGCUUAACUUUAAGUGUUGUACCCAAAGAAUGUGAUAUCUUACAAACUUUUUUUAGCGAAACUGCACACAAUCCUGAAACGAAUCAGCGACCAAGACAACCGUGUGCACUAACAGGAACAGCAAACACACCGAAAGAAGGCGAUACGGCUGGUAAAUUUGCCGUUGAUGGUGUUCCCGAAAAGCAUGUGAUAAAGCCGAGCAAAACAUUAGCAGUGCAAUUUCAACGUGAUAUAUCGAAUUCUAGAACUAAGGAUAGUGUUCGCAAUAAUAAUUCUGCAAAUAGUGAUAUGAUAUACUCUGACCCAUAUACACACUAUCGCAGUCGUGCUGAACCUCAAGCGGCAUCCGACAUUCAUCGGCGCGGCGAGGAAAUUCUGCAGAUUCAUCAUGGACAUGCCAGUAGUAUAGGCAAUGGUCAAGUGCGUCUUCAGGCCAACUACAAUCCCAUUCAGAAUAACAUUUAUGCCAACCAGAGACGUGACGUUGCACCAAUACUGGCAUUCGAUCCGCAUUUGUCUCGAUUGAUUUCAUCGUCGUUGGACCGGCGAGAAUCAUCAGCAUCGGCCACAUCUUCGGUAGGAUCGUCGUAUGAAUCGGGUUCGACACUGACUAGCGAUUUGGGUGAUAAUGCAAUUAUGACACGUCUGCGGAAAAGUGUUGAACAGAAAGAAGAAUUUCUGAGAGGAACGCCGGUGACACAGUCACAAGUGCAUGGUGUCAAUAGUGAUGUCGCGAAUAUACGUCAUCGCGAAUUUUAUGCACGUCCAAAACGGCUACAGAAAACCGUUUGGCCACCGCAAGAAUUCGAUUCGAACAACAGUAGCAAACGGUCGUCCACCAAUGAUUCCAUUAUAAACAACGAAAACAGUGGCGAUUCAAUGACCAGUAGCAAAACAUUGAGCGAACACAGUGAUAAUAGCAUUGCAAUCCAAAGAAACACUGACAUAAUGCCAUUACAAGUUAAGUCGACAAACACCCUUCCACCGCAUCGGCUGGCUAAUAAUCUCGCACGCGAACAAUUUUACAAUGGCAUUCACGGUGAUCAUGGCAUUCCCUCGCAGUCACUACAGCAACAACAUCAACAAUAUUUGCAACAGAGAGCUUUGGAUGCUGAAGGAAAUUGCCGAAUGCUGUCCCCACCACCAGGAAUACACAUAGUUUCUGAACGUACGAAACAAUUUGAGUCUGGUCGUCCGUUGUCACCAGAUGGCAGUUCAGUGGAUCGAACGUCGCUCUAUCGAAGUGAAUUGAGCCGCUUAAGCACAAAACGUGUCGUACCGAAUGUUGCAUUGCGUCGCAAAGAGUUUGAACUGAAAGCCAACGAAAGCAUUGAAUGGCGAAGACUAUCUUCAGGUUUUCAACGAAUACCGCUUCUUAAUAUUUUUACACGAGCAAAAGCUAUAAAAAAAGAUGAAAAUGAUCGAUCCGAGAGUACAGACCGAGGUGAAUUGUUUCUACAAGAUCGUAGCGAUCGUACACGAUCACUAUCAGCCGAUUCGACGCGUAAUGAAUCCGACAAAUUUAAUAUUUACUAUGAGCCGCAGGAUUUCCGUCGAAAGAUGCGACCACAAACGAACUCAGUACAGCAAAUUGGAGCUUUAUCAUCCAAUCAACACGACUAUCACUCGAUCGACGUAAAUUUCAAUCACACCCAACCACCGACAUCAAACAAGCAUUUGUCCGACGAUUCCGAUAUGAUGGCAAUGAAAAUAAUUCAUCGAAAUCAGACUAUUCUAACGGGCAGUGCGUCCGAUUGCGACGACAAUCCAUUUGAUUUUGGUGAAUGUGAUGUGGAAAGCGACGAUUUGGAUAAAAAUGAAAACAAAUGUGGUGAUGAUAUUGAAAUGAAAACGGUUGAUUCGAAACAGCAACAUCAGCGUUUCUCGAUGGCUGUGCGACCGACCACAUUGAUUAUACCAGAUCAAAAUGUUAUAAUGCGUCGUCAUAAAUCGGUUGCAGAAGACGAAGAUCGACCAGUGCGACGCGUAUCCUAUUUGCGUGCAACAGCCAAUGAAAAUGCGCUGACUAUCGACAGUGAUGUGGACAAUAGUCCGAUGUCUGCACCACCUGGUACACCCGACGAUCUACAGAUUACACAAAUAUUGCGAAGUGCUUAUCGUCCAUGGCGUCGACCAAAAUUAACAUCUGACAUUCAACCAUUGCGAAAAAUAUUCGAAGAAACACCCAAAGAUAUUAAUUUACCACCGACACCGACCCAACUAUUUCCGGAUGUACCAGCCGUUUUGUUGCCAAUGUUGAAUAAGUCUGCAAGUACUAUCAGCAAAGCGAAAGCAUUAUCAUAUCUACGUGAAACGCCAGCCGAUCCGAUAAUACAUCCCGUGAUUUUGGAAGGUGAACUACAUCUGAAAAUCACCUACAUUGACAGCAAACGUUCGCCGGAUCGAUCGUGGCGCACAGUGACUGCAGAAAUCCGGGGUACAAAACUUAAAAUGACGAUUCAUCGGGAAGGAAAGUCGAAUCAAAGCCCCGAACCAUCCGGCAUCAUCGACUUACGCUCAUUCCAUGUAACUGAAGGAAACUAUACGAAACGGAAACAUGUUUUCAAAUUAACGUCGGCGCCCAUACCAUCAUCACCAUUGCAGUCACCAUCAUCAGCCAUGGUCGCUGGAACUGAAUUGCUCAUACAGGCUGAUAGUCAUCAAGACAUGAAAUUGUGGAUGGAAUCGUUGCGCAAAGCAUCUUGUGCGGAUUCGUCCAAAAGUUUGGAAUAUCUAUCAGAACUGGGCUCACAGACAGCUGAACCUCAACGCAUUGCUGCGACAACCACAAUUCAAACUCAACCACCUGCCGAAGAUCAACAACAAUCAAAUUCAACCGUUCGAAAAUACCUUGGCUCCCGAUCACCAUCCGGCCAAUCGCCAGUUACAAAAAGUCGCAAAACACCGCAAAAUGUCAAUGUGUCUGCAUCGACAAAAGAAUCGUCGGAUCGUGAGAUCGGCUCACCGAAAUCGAGAACAUGGAAAGGGUUGGUGGCUCGACAGUUCCGCAAAAUUCAGGGACAACCAAGUUCACCGAAUUCCAAUUAUGUUGUACUGCCUGAAGGUGCUUCGAUUGGUGUUCCACUAGCACAGUGUCCAAUGUCUGAUGACAACGAAUUUGUACCACUGUUGGUCGCCCGCUGCACACACAUUGUAGAAACGAAAGGUCUGAGUAUAGUGGGAAUUUAUAGAAUACCUGGCAAUACGGCUGCAAUAUCGGCGCUAACCGAACAGGUGAAUCGUGGCUUCGACGAUCAAACAUUAAACGAUCCAAAAUGGGAUGAUGUUAAUGUCGUUUCGAGUCUGUUGAAACUAUUUAUUCGAAGUUUACCCGACGCUCUCCUACCGAACGACAUGUAUGGUCAUUUCAUUGAAGUAGAUAAAGAAACCGGACAAGAGCGAUUAAUUGAACUAAAAUCUCUAUUGGAACGUUUACCGUCAUACUCGUACGAGACCCUGAAGCAUUUAAUGAGACAUUUAAGCCGAAUUAGUCGGAAUUGUCAUCUGAAUUUAAUGGAACCGAAAAAUCUAGCAAUUAUUUUCGGGCCAUCCGUUGUGCGAACGUCGAAUGAGACACUGGAAACGGUGGUCAAAGACAUGAAGCAUCAAUGCCGCAUCGUCGAGGCGCUAGUUUCUCACUACGAUUUCUUCUUUGAAAGCGCACCAACUCCAUCACUCGCUGAAGCACCAGAAUAUGCAUCAGUUAGUCCACCAGAACUACAAACGAAUAUGUUGUUGGACAAUGUUUCGAAAAUUGAGACUCUCAAAGAUCGAGACAGCGCACGGUUUGUGACAAAAUUCGUUCAAGCGGCUACAAAUCGCAAGACGAGAAAACCGUCACAUCGAAAAUUUACAUUAUCGACGCCAGACACACUGUCGCUGGACAGUAGUACGUCAGCUGAAUCGAAAGAUCAAAAAACGACUUUUACAUCCGAAAAAUCAUCACAUCAAAUUAGGCGAUCGUCCGCUAAUGACGAUGCUAUAAAAAGUCGACUCUCCGAGGAUGAAUCGAACGAUAGUGCGUUUGCUGAUAAUGGAUCAAUGUCUCUGACAACGGUUACUUUAGCGCUCGACGAUAAGUUGCGAUCACUACGAAAUUCAUCAUUUGAUUCCGACAAAGAUUUGGAUCUUGAUACCAGCAUCGAUAGCACAAUUAAUCAUCAACCAUUAACUUUAGGCGAAAAUAUUCCAUUUGCCGACGAAUCACCGGAACGUCCGCUGAUCCAGUCGCGUUCCAAACCUGUACGCGUAUCCACGUAUAGCAUACCUACAUCCCGGUACACAACUCGUCUUUAUUCACAUGGCUCCACAUCACCGAACUCACCGCAAGAUGCAUUAUCAUCGUCCCAAAGCCACAGUAGCGAAGAAAAUGUGAAAGGUUGCACCACAUCCGACGAUACGGACGCGUCGACCACCAGCAAUCCGAUGGAAGCAUUCCCAUCGUCGGUGCGCAUCGAUCGGGAUAUGAUACGCGAAAUGAAUCGCAUUCUAACGACACUGGAACGGAAAGCAACCAAAUUGAAUCGUUCACUGUCGCUGAACUACAAGAAUCACAAGGGCGAAUGCUGCUGCAACAUGAACAAUCUGAAUAACAGUUACCGAUCGGGCAGCAAUCGUCUGCCAUUGACCAAGGACGAGAAGACCGACAAGAAUAUCAACAAAAAGCGUCAGAUCCAAGAUGGCAAAAGUCGCCGGUACACGAAUCGAUCGAUCAAACGGCGGCAUACGGUCGGCGGUACGCAUGAUUACGAUGUGAACAAAAGCGGUCAGAAUGUGCGAUGUCGGCAGGGUCAUCAAAUGGGUGCCGAUCACGGACAACGGACCAGUUCACCCGAUUUGGUUAAAGACAAUCACAUUGAUAAGGUUAUUUGUGUGAAUGAAAGUUAAUAUGAGAAUCCGAUGUGCGCAUGUUGGACUUCACCUCCAAAAUUCAGGCUGAGGUUCCGAAGUUUCGAAAAAAGAAUUUCGUCUUUUUUUUCCUCUCAAGAUUUUUUGUUCCGUAAAUCAUAAAACAAAAGUCGCUUUUUCAUGUGAUAUUUGGUGGAUAAAUUUUCAGUUUCUCUUUCUGUGUAAAACGAAAUUCCUUUUUUUAGUUGUAAAUUCUCUCUGCACGGUGUUAUACUCUUUUGAAAUGUUUGCCGUCACGAAAGAGAAAAUUUUCCUUUUUGUUUGUGUGUACAUACAAAUAGGUUCGAGUGUUGAUGUUUCGUUUUAUUUUUCUUCUCAUACCGGAAUUCUUCGAUAAGAAUUGAGCGUUAAAAUUAACCGUAUAAAUAACCCAAGUGGAAUUGUAAAAUGUGUUGUUUUGACCAUAGGAAAAGUAUAAAAGUUUUGCGCUGCGAUUCGGUUGGUUAUCCGGAAUUUGCAGUUUAUAAAAAAAAAUGAAGAAAAAAGAAUUAAUUCACAAAUUACGCGUAAAUGACAAUGAAAAUUAAUUUUAUUGGACUUUGUGGUAGUGUAUAGCGUAUGUUAUAUUUAUAGGCAUUCAUUAUGCAGAAAUAAUAAAUUUAAAUAGAAAGAAAAUAAGAAAAAAAAGAAAAAUUCUAAAAUUCUUUUUUGUAAAUAUUUUAUCCGAAAUGAUCCAUCAUACCACUAUGCAAAAGAAGAAAUUAAUGGAAGAACAAAACGAGCAAUAAAAGAGCACUGGUUUCGAUCACAAUGUUAUUAUGAUUGACUUGAAUGUUAGACAAAUUGCAAAGAUAAAUUUUGAUUAACUGAAAAUGUCAACGGAUCAAUAGUUACUCUUACAACCGAUUCAGUUUCCAACCGUCAACAGAAAAUGUGACUUCUAUCGAUCACAGUUCACGACAGACGAUCUAUCCUUGCAAUUUGUUUAGCGUCAUUUCCAUAAAAAUUGGGAUCGAAUGGAUUGGACCCACUGGCGACUAGCUGGAUUUAGGCUUUGCGUAAAAUUGACCAAAGUCGGGAAGAAUUUCUAUAUUUUGAAAUUUAAAAUUGAUUAGAAUGUUAAGAUUGAUUUGUUUAAGACACACACACCACAAUUGGUAGAUUACGAUUUUGACUUAUGUUUGAUGAGUUUGAAAAGAGUUGAAAAUUUAUAAGUCCAACGACUUUACGUUUACAAGUAAGACCAGCUCUGAGUCGUUCGUAUCGCCCUAUUAUACGGGUGAUAGAUGAAUAGAAAAUUGUUUGAAACUAGAGACAGCUAAACUCACUACGUCUGCUAGGAAUUAUUGUUUUGAGGUGACCUAUUCUACCGUAUAAUACAUAAAAGUAAGGCCUUUCCUAGAGGCGAAUUUAUGAGAUAAUUUCAUAUGUUGUCUUUCACUAUUUCGCCUCUCUAAAGUUUUUAUGUGUUGUACGGUAGUAUUGCUCAUACAAUGCACAAUUUCGACAUUGUCCAGCAUACAUUUGUUCCACAAUCAAUUUCUGUCGAAUGAAUUCGUAAGCUGAUUUGUGGUAGAACCUGGUAAUUGUUGAAUUCGAAUUCCAAUUCUGGUUAUAAUUCAUUAGGCCGGAGAAAGAACAACCAGUUUGAACAGCCAGUAAAUCAGUGGUAAGUAAUUCAAAUACGUUGUUUUUACUUGGUAGUUUAAAAAAGUCCCAGCGUACAUACUCGAUCUCAUGAUCUUAGAUGCUGGAAGACUUCUUCCUUACCGGAAAAUUUUUACCUGAUUUCCGUAGAAGAAACUUGCAUAAUUACGGUCAGAAAAGCAGGCCCGGACUGGCUGUACUGGGCGAUAGGGCGAUGCCCGAUGCGUCUUUUGCUUUUUGACGCUCCUCAGACCAAAAAAGUUUAUUUAGGCGCCUCUGACCUUUUUCAGCCAAUUCGCCCGAUGCGCCUUUUGGUAGCCAAGUCCGGCUCUGCAGAAAAGUGGAAAGUUCCGAGUGCCGCAAUUAAUCUGAGAAACCUUAUAUUAGAGCUAAUACUCUUCACAAAUAGUUCGAAAGUUUCAAGUUCCAUAUCUGAUAAAAAAUAUUUUCUCCCGACUAAUUCAACGUAAACCCACCACGACUUAUAAUUUGAAGAUUUUUUUCUUUGUAAUUCGACGCGCAAUUCGUAGGUCAAAAUCACAAUCUGCUCCAUAUGAUUAAACGAGACGUUGAUUGUACAUAUUAUUUAUGGUUUAUUUGUUUUAAAUUCUAAGCAAAAUGGUUUAAAAUAAGUGUCGCUGCAAGAAAUAAAGCAAAAUUAUUAUUAUUAUUCGUAUAAGAGAAAAUGCUGUGUUUUUUAUCCUAAAAUUUGAAGUAAAAGAAGAACGAAAAAAAUUUGAAAUAAAAAUGGAAAGAAAAUUGAUUAGUAUAAAGUGACCCCCAAUCCCAUUUUUGUUUUGUGUAAAUAAAUGUUUGUCUGUCACAGAGCUCAGAGAUUACCAGCUAAUAAUCUAAUUAUUUUUUAGAAUUUUUAAGCGUUUUUUUUGUCUUUUUGUUUAAAUUCAGUAUUAUAAACUGCUGAACGGACACAUCACUUUCUUAAAAGUAAAGAA